AUGGACUUAGUCAUCGUGACUCUCACGUACCUCACGUUUGUUGCCGGCGCCGCAGGCAUCAGAUUCUUUUCUAGUAGGAAGGAACAGAGUGGAAGCUCUGCAAAGUAUGAUGUUCCUCAGCCAGUGAAACGAGGCCAUGAGGUGCCCUCGCGGCCGACUCUGGCAGAGAAAAUGAGUUUUAUUUUGCUCCUUCAAAUUGUCUACAACAUCUUCCAGGUCGUGACUUGCUCCUACGUCGUGUACAAGGCCAUGUCUGUGUACAUAGCAGAGGGCUACUCGCUCGUAUUCAACAAGUUCGACCCCACACGAGAGAACAUGGCGGAGGUUGUUUGGCUGUUCUACUUGACGAAGGUGGUCGACUUGCUAGACACAGUAUUCAUUGUGUUUCGAGGGAAAUGGGCUCAGUUCUCGUUCCUGCACAUCUACCACCACGCAUCGAUCUUGUACAUGAUGUGGGUGAAUGCGAGCGUCGGCUACGACGGGGACAUCUACUUUGCUGUCAUCGCCAACGGCUCGAUCCACGUGGUGAUGUACACGUACUACCUGAUGGCCUCCCUAAACAUCGGAGUGGCCAGACAUAUCAAACCGUUUAUUACGCGACUGCAGAUGACACAGUUUUUAGGGAUGCUUGGCCAGGGAUUUUAUCAUAUGUGCUUCUAUCAAGACUGCGAGUAUCCCAUUAGGAUUGCGGUGGUGUACAUGGUCUACAUUGUUUCAAUGUACGUCUUGUUUGAUCGAUUCGCGAAGCGUACUUAUGGCCAUAAGAAAGCGGGCAAGGAAGGCUCAAGUCAGAGUGCUCGGGUCGUAGGUGCUUCGCCGCGGGGAGGGGCGCGGAAGACAGAUUGA